GGAUAACGCAUGAACUUGUGGCAUGAAUAAACAAAAAAGUAGAAGGACGUUUCUGCGAAAACCCUCUCCUCUUCCCCGCCGACGCCGUCCCCGGCUCUCCCUCCUCCGUCUCGCGCCCGCCGCCGCCGCCACCGCCACCGCCGCCGCCGCCUUGCGCCUCGUGACGCGGUGAGUGGGGAAUAGCAAAACCAGACCCGUGCCCCAGUCCGCGGGGACAAUGGAGGGGAAAGAAGACGACAGACGGCGGGGCGGCGGUGGCGGAAGCUCGACGCCGGGGAUGAACCUGAAGAACCUGGUGUCGAGGGAGUAUUUCGGCCACAAGAAGAAGGUGCACUCUGUAGCAUGGAACUGCCUAGGCAUGAAGCUUGCUUCAGGCUCUAUUGAUCAUACUGCACGUGUAUGGAGUAUCGAUCCCCAUGGCCAUUCCAAGGUUAAAGACAUUGAAUUGAAAGGCCACACAGAUUGUGUAGAUCAGCUCUGCUGGGAUCCGAAGCAUCCUGAUACAGUUGCUACAGCAGCUGCUGACAAGUCAAUUCGCCUCUGGGAUGCACGGAGUGGAAAAUGUCAAGUCGUCGAACUUAGUGGAGAAAACAUCAAUAUCACUUAUAAACAUGGUGGUACUCAAAUAGCUGUUGGAAACAAGGAGGAUGAGUUGACAAUAGUGGAUGUUCGGAAGCUAAAAGCCCUUCACAAAUUUAAGUUUAAUUAUGAGAUAAAUGAGAUUGCAUGGAACAAAACUGGAGAUUUAUUCUUCAUCACUACUGGACUUGGAAAUGUUGAGGUAUUUGGUGAUCCUUCCCUUGAUGACACCCUUCAUGUGGUUGGCAAAUUGAAUGCUCAUACAGCGGGUUGUUAUUGCAUUGGAAUGGAUCCCCUUGAUAGGUAUUUUGCUGUUGGAAGUGCAGAUUCACUUGUCAGUCUUUGGGAUGUCAAAGAGCUCCUUUGCAUUAAAACCUUUACCAAACUCGAGUGGCCUGUAAGAACAGUUAGCUUCAAUCAUACUGGAGAGUUUCUUGCAUAUGCUAGCGAAGAUCCCUUCAUUGACAUUGCCAAUGUUCAAACUGGACGAUCGAUUCAUCAGAUUCCAUGCAAGGCAGCUAUGAAUAGUGUUGAAUGGAACCCCAAGUACAACCUCCUGGCUUACGCAGGAGACGACAAGAACAAGUACCAGGCUGAUGAAGGUGUUUUCCGAAUAUUUGGCUUUGAAAGCACAUAACUGAUGGUUAGCAGAUUACCGUCACCAACUAUUCAUUGUAGAUUGAUUUCCGAGUUCUGAUCUGCAUUUCUGACAGCAGUUUGGGUCCUGAUUGUAACUUCAAUUUUAUUAAUGUCCUGGCCGCUUGAACUGAAUUGUAUUGUACUUUGUGACUCGAGAGUCGAGACCCAUAUUUUUGUUAGAGUAAAUUUCAGAAAUCCUAUAUGUUUUGUUGUCUACGUAGGGAAAAAACAACUGCAUGUUUGCAUCAUGUGGCACUGAGCCUCAGGUGCUAUGGGCGCAAAGUUUUAUGACCAUACGUUCUUUUAAAUCCAAAAUAAUAUAACGUGGCACCUCUUUUUUUUAA